AUGGCCGCAGCAAAGGCAUUGUUAGACUUGAGCCACUCCACAUUACUACAAGCAACGAGCGAUCAGAAUAGCUAUGCACUGGGAGAAAUCGCCAGUCUCCCUGCAGGUGUUUACGGAACAACUCCUGCGACCAGCGUUGCCACGGAUAUGCUGUCCACAUACAAAGGACAUACAAAGCCAUCAGGUUCGGACUCAUGGUUGGAAUCGGUGGUGUUUAUGACCACGGGAAGACAAUGGAUGGAGGACGGUUCGAACGUACAGGCGUAA